CCUUUGGGGUCUGGCAUUAUUUUAAUUAUAGAUUAAAUCGCUACCGGCUUUUCCACUGCCACUACAGCAGCGAUGGGGUCUAAAUGGACGGAUGAAUCUGCAAUUCUGCGCGACUUGUCGUUUGCCCAAGGUCGCUGGGUACCUGGCGGGAUCGACUCCGCUGUCGCCGGCGCGAAUCCACCAGGCCACAAUAUGACGGAAGAGACAGAGGAGGAAUACUACCGGCACUGGUCGUCUUUGGACCCGGGAGGCACUGGAGAUUUCAGCACCGGCCCGGACUUGUACCAGAUAAGGACUAUGCUGGAGCUGAUGCAAGAUGAACAUCCUCCCAAUGAAGAAUUGCAGUAUUUCUCCGGUCCCCUCGAGAUCAGAAAACCAAAUCCCCAAGCGUCCCACCUCAUUCCAAAAACCAAAAAAAACAGCAAAGAAAAUAUGCCUUCUAAUAAGCCGCGAGCUCGCAACGUCGCAAUCGCCUCCUUAUUGGCUUUAACUUUAUCCCAAGAGCCUCUGAAACUGGUUAAGCCCGAGGACUUCAUAAAGCCGAGUAAGGAAGACAAGGAGAUUAGAGAGAGAAGGAAGGAUUCGGUGAAUAAAGUUACGAACUGGUUGCAGUCGCAAGAUAUCACGGCUAUGUUUAAGAGGAAGUCUUCGGUGAAUUCUUUUAAGGAGGAGAAAAGCAGCAUAAAAGACAAGUCACCGGUCCACUCCAACGAUAGCGUAAAAUCUCCACCCGGGCAAGGAAUACUCAAAUCUCCACCCGGGCAAGGAAUACUCAAAUCUCCAUCCGGGCAACAAAGUGUCAAAUCUCCACCCGGGCAAGGAAGUGUCAAAUCCCCACAUGGGCAAGGAAGCACUAAGUCCCCAAACGGGCAGUACACUCCGUCCGCCUGGGCCGAGGAGUACUACAGGAAGGCCGUGGACAGGAGCCACGUGCGGGACCUGGUCCAAGAGGACGUGUGGGGCCGGGCCGAGCGAGCCAUGAAAGAGAUUGAUGCUAGAAAAGAGGAAAUCAGAAAGCAAGAGGCAGCGGCGGAGCUGGCGGCCGAGAUCGCGCGCCAGUGCGAGGCGUUAGAAACGAUGAGGCCGGCAGACCCGGGUACUGGUGGAAAUGAAAACACGACCACAUCGGUUACUGAAGCCGACGAGGAUGAGGCUGAAGGUAUAGCUAAAGUCCUGCUUCCGAAGAGUCGUCACGAGUUGUACCCCGGAGACCUCUGUAUUGUCUGUAAAGUGAUGGCCGCUCCGGACCCACAAGAAACUUCCAAAUCUGAAGCUAGCUUAGGGGUCGGGAAAGCGCGGCGCGCGAGUCCCAUGCGGCUAUUCGAAGUUACAAUUGCGGCUCUUCGGGCCGAUAACACUUAA